CACGAGGGUAAGGAAGAGAGCAAAAUCCUACUGUUGUUUAGUGUCACUGGCUGCGUGCAAGAGGGAGGUCACGACUGCUCCGGCUCUGGUCUGCCCCUAUUGUCUUCGAGACGCGGGGAGGCUAAAUUGAAAAGCCCACGACCUCGACCUCGGCUGGAGAAAGAACGGAAGGAAGGAAGGAAGGAAGGAAAGAAGACGGAAAAGAGGAAGGCGCCGCAGGGAAGAGAGAAGGAAGAAGAGGAGGAAGAAGAGGAGGAUGGGUUGAGGCGAGGUGCAGCUGACCGUGGGAUCCAGAGAGAGAGAAAGAGAGAGAAAGCUAGAGAGAGGAAGAGAAAGAAAACGUGGAAAGUCUCGCAACGCAGUCUGGUGGUGAUGGUUCGGCGCUCUUGCAGUCUCGGCCCCAUCCCGCUCCUUCGAGGCGGCCACCGGUACUCCAUCGGCUGACCGCCCCCCCAACCCCCACCAACCACUACCCCUACCUAGCGCCUCCAUGCCUUGCUCUUAUUACUGUGACUGCCCCGCUCCGGCCCCUCUGCGCUACUCGGCUCCAGAAAUGAAUGUUUAAGUCAGCCAAGCCAAGCCAAGCCAAGCCAAGCCAAGCCAAGCCAAGCCAAGCCAAGUCAAGCCAAAAUAGUCAUCCCAAACCAGUUAAGUCACUCGACCGGAGCCAAUUAAGCUAGUCAACUCAAGCCAUUUCAGUCAAGUUAGCCAAGUCAGUUCCAGUCUGUUUAGCCAUCCUGCCAAGCCAAGCCAAGCCAAGCCAAGCCAAGUCAGCCAAACUAGUUAAGCCAAUAAACUAAGCCAGCCAAGUCCGUCAAGCCAAGAGGAGCCAAACUACUUAAGCUAAUCAACUCAGUAAAGCCAGCCAAGCCAUUUCAGUCAAGCCAGCCAAACUAAGCCAAGCAAGCCAAGCCAGCGAAUCAAUCUUAGAGGAAAACGUGAAUUUGAAGAUUUAUCAGAAGUAAAAAAAAAAGAGAGAAAAGAAAAUAUAGAACUUAGAAGAGAAAGAAGAAAUAAUAAGAAAAAUAAUCAAGAACAGAGAAAAAUAUCACGUAAAAAUCCACGCCUUUGAAAAUCCGUCUGCAGAAAAACGAGGACAUCACAAGUCGGUCUGAGAGGAAGGCGGGAAAACUGGAGACACCAUAACCGGGUCUCGUCUUCCGCUGGUGUCAUAAAUAGCCGUGUAUUUUGAGUAACUCCGUGUAUUGACCUGACACUGAGACCUUCCAGCUGGCCAGGUCACUCACUCCCUCGCCUUCUCAGCCUCUCACUCCCUCACCUCUCACAAUCCUCUUCUGUACCGUCUUAACUGCCUCUCCCUUUAAUCUCUCACUCCUCACAAUCCUUAUCUCUAUCUUAUUAACUCCUCUCCCCUUUCUCUCAUUCUCUUCUACCUUCCCCUCACCUCCCUCUCACUCUCCCUCUCUCCCUCCCUCUCCCACUUCCUGUCCUUUACUGAUUUCUCCUGUAAUUCUCCCUCACUUCCCCUUGUCACCCUUUCCAGCGCUUCCCUUCCUGGCUCUCCAUUAAUUUCCUCCCUUCCUCUCCCUCUCCCCUCACGUCACCCAAUACUACCUCUCCCAGUCCCUCCUUCCCUCCGUUCCUCCACCUGCUGAUCGAAAGAGAGAGGAACACGCAGCAGGAAGCAAGGAUAGUGCCAAGUGGAGGAGGUGGAAGAGGAGGACGAGAAGUGAGGACGGGCGGGCUUUGUCGGGCAUGGUUCGGGAGGUUUCGGUUCGGGCCGUACUAGUGGCUCUAGCUCUGCCCUCCAUCGCCUGCUACCUCCUGUUGGUGCAGUCUGCGGGGCCUCGUGUCGCUGAGGAAGGUUCAUGGACUGACGUAGGUUCGUGCCCUUCCUGCAACCACGAGAAUGACCCUUCAGGCAUCAGCAUCACCUCCUAUGACCUGCCUGACGAUCCGUGGUGGGCAGGCUGGGCGGAGGUGCAGAAAAACAGGCUGGCGGCGCUACGGCUCGCUUGCCUACAAGUUCGGGGCGCCAGAGUCAAGCCGUUUUCGAAGCUUCUACUGUUUCGAAAAUACCUCUACAAUCUACUCGUGGAUGACAGACACCGUGCCAUCUACUGCUAUGUUCCUAAGGUGGCGUUGCACGAACUGGAAGCGCCUCAUGAUGAUCCUUUCCGGGCGAACCAACGAGACAGAUCCCCUGCACAUCAGCUCCCACGUCCCGCACGAGGAGGGAGCGCUCACCCGCCUCUCCUCAGCUAAGUACAAGACCUCGGUGCUGAGUUACAAGCUCCGCACCUACACCAAGUUCCUCUUCGUGCGCCACCCCAUGGAGCGCCUCGUCUCCGCCUUCAGGAACAAGCUGGCCAGUAACUCCUCCUCCGCCACGGACUUCCGGCGCAGGUUCGGGGCUACCAUUCUCAAAGUUCGGCGAGGAGUGGGCGCAUUCAGGAACAUCUCCAAGGCUGACAAGGGGCUGACGUUUGCCGAAUUUGUGUAUUAUUUAAUUGAGAGGAGCUACACGGGAGGACUGCAGAGUCUGAAUGAGCACUGGGCGCCAUACUUCGAUCUCUGUCACCCGUGCACCAUCAGAUACGAUAAUAUUGGUAAGUAUGAGACUCUGGAGGAGGACGCAGAGUUCAUUCUAAGGAAGAUCGGCGCGCGGCCUAACCUCCACUUCCCUCCGAUCGUUAACUCGCGGACAGCUUCCCUCGUGGAUGACUACCUGGCGUCCCUCACCCCGGACAUGAGCAGAAAGCUGUAUGACUUGUACGAGCCAGACUUCACAUUGUUUCAGUACGAGCCGUGAGUGUCAGGCUGUCUGUCUGGCGUGGUGCUCGCUGACUGCUGGCUGGUGUCAGUGGCGCGGCGCUAAGCUCUCUUAUUCCUUUGGGUUUCUUUUCGCGUUCCAAGCAUUGUUUCCAAGACAUGCUUAGGUUGGGGUAGCAGCAACAUGCAAAAUUCUCAGGUAGACCAUAAAUAAUGCAAUAGUCAUGCCAAUAUGCACGUUUACAUGUCUUACUUUCUUCAGUCUGUUGUGUUUGGACGGAAGCUUUUAUUCUCCACUCUCCAGUCUCCAGUCUCUCCACUCUUGAGGCGGAGGGCGUCCAUGCCACAGCCUCGCCCUGACGCUCCAGGCGAGUAUGUAGGGCAGUGUUAGCGAGAAGCACUAGGCGCACUUCAUACUCAGAGCAACAUAGACCUCAGCAUCGAGCAAUAAGUAGAAUAACCUAGACACUGGAGGGCGGCUGUGGGGACCGUUAGAGUCGGUCCACCACACAAGUCGCUUGGUAGUCGAGAGUUGCCAGAGACUUGUCUUUUAGUGACGCAGAUUAGCCUGUCCAGCACGAGGCUCGCUCAAGCUUUGCCUGCUGGUGGAGGCCGCUGGCAGGCGUAGCAAAUAUCAACGUAGAUUUAAUCUGUGACAGACUGUGCACUGAGGCGAUGAUCGUGUCGAUAUCUUUCCCCGUAAUUUUAUUGGACAUUGUUACGUCUGCCAAGUAUUGUUGUAAAAGAUGGUAUUACUCUAUGACAAAGUACUACGUUAAUCAUUGGCUGUGAGUACGAAUAUUCAUGAACAUGCACCUUCGCUGUGGAUAACUCGAUGAGGAUGUUGACGUCUUCAUUCACGAAAAAAAAAAAAAACAUCCAUGUAAGGACAAUGAAGCGAAGAGCGCAUUUCUCAACGUAAAAGAUCUAUGCAUAUCAGUCUAUCCGCCUGAUGCCAGUCUCACUUCCUUCUUGACAUAGGUAGGUAGGUAGGUAGUUAACAUAAGCUUACAUAUCACACGGAGAGAAAGCCAGUAGACCAGCUGGUAGUGGAUAGGAAGCAGAAGGGGGAGAAGGAGGGCAGUGGAUAGGACUUACAGGAGCGGCGGUAGUGUAUGUUGGGGCCACGGGGGAAUGGAAAAGUGCUGCAUGGCUUGCUGGAAACAAAAGAACAGGGCUGAGAUUGAUUCUACUAACCUCUCAGUGUCGGAUCGCUGGUUAUGCGGAAAUGCUCACCAGUUUCAGUUGUUAGAACCAAAGAUUGCACCGAGGAGACUGGCAAAUAUCCAAAAGGAAACCAAGAUUGUUUCACUGAGAGACUGUUUGUGCCAGUCAGAAGAUUCAAAAGACUGUAGUAAUUGGCAGUCAGAAAAGUGUAUUUGACAGUCGAGAGGCUAUGUACAAGUUAGAAAAGUACGUAUUUAAGAGGUAGGAGACUGUUUGUAGCGGUUAGGAGCAGGAUGUAACAUGGAGGUCAGUAGAAUGAAUCUCAGCCAGUACAUUCACCCCCAGGGCCCCCUAGUGCCUCGCCCGUGUAAGACAGGAGGGGCUGCACCGCUUCCAUUUUAGAUUCUCGUAGUGGUGAGUAGUCAUACCAAGGUCAGGUGGUCUCAAAUUUCUAUUCAGCUCGUCGCCAUCCACGUCCACUCUCAUCCAUGGGUUUGCCUCAACGUACGGACACCUCUUAACACACCGACCGUUGGGUUCUUGUUGUUGAUGUGAUGUUUGUUACCGCACGGUUGAAUAUUCUUUACGUGGCCGUAGUCAGGCAGAGAGGGAAGGAAUGGGAAGUUAUUGGUGGUGGCUAGACUAUGAUUUUGAUUAACAUGAGGAGUGAAGCUUAUUGGAUAGGCCAGUUACCUCCCAAGAUGUUUUCUUCACCUCGACUCCUCGCUAUUAGAAGCAACGUUACAAGCAUACAUUCGGCUGUUAUUCACAAAAAGAUUAACCCCUCCCAUGUUGUUAUCCUGUGUACAUAGUAAGGUAGUUGGCUUGCGUCACGUCUUCUGUUACUGUUGGAAAGAGGUGACGUUCCGGCAGGAGUCACCCCCGUCACGCUGCCCAAAUAAUUAUGAUUAAGCGAGGGGCCUCAUCACCCCCAAAACAAGCCCUGUAUAUUAUGAGACCCGACUGUGAUAACUGUGUGCUCAUGAAUACUGUAAACUGUGGUGUUGUGAAGUGUCAUGUUACUUAUACAGUGCGUACGUUAAAGUCAAGAGUGAUGACCUCAGUGGCGGCGGUGGUGUGUGUUUGUGUGUGUGUGUGUAUGUGUGUUAGUACGAGUACAAGGAAAAUACUGUUAUUCAGUUUAACUUUUCAUUUUACGAGAUCAGAUACUUUCUUUUUCUUCUUCUUCUGCUUCUUUUUAAACGUAAUUUUGUAUUUAUUUUAUACUUGGAACACUUUUUUUCAUCUGUGGUCAAACUUGCUAUCUUUAGCAAACUGGUAUGGCUGUCACUAUUCAGACAUGCUGUGUGAUGCCGUUUAAAAGUCUUCACUAUGAACGCUGCUUCUAUGACCACACGGCUGCAAUUUUAAGUCCUAUCAGUUAUAUUGAUGUUUAAAACUGGGUUAAAAAAAAAUACACAAAUACAAAUGAUAACAGUGGUGUGUGUGAAUAAGAAAUGAACAACUAAGAAAAUUCAAACUAGGUAUCAUACAAAAUAAGACAAUGCAAUGAAUAAAGGUGCAAAUAUGGUACUGGAGUAACUGGACAGGGACAGACGGAACAUUAAACAAAAUGACGAACUGUAUCUUAUUGCUUUCAGUAGUUCAUUAAUAAAUUGUUCCUAAACUAAAAACAAUCAAUGCAAACGUGGUCAGAUUCAGUGUGAAGUAUUGUUGGGUCCCACUGAAACAACAUACGUAUUUCCAGAGUGACGUAAAAUGGGCAGUCUAUUUAUGGAUGUCUCAAGUCUGUCAUGUGUGUGUGUGUGUGUGUGUGCCGUCAGCUUUACAGAGGGCUUCCAUUUCCAGCCCAGAGUAAUCUUUCAUUGAAGCUGUCACGUGUCACAAACUCGUCACUGCUGUGGUGGUGAUGGUGCUGCUGCCCUGUGGUGGGUGCUGCUUGCCCUCAUCACUGGACAGCACCUCCAGGAGACUCACUGGUAUGGUACAGGCCAGGAAGAUCAACUAUAGCCUCCUUAUGGCAUGCAAGUAAAGGAGUCACUUCAUACUGCCUCAUGUGUGGCGUGGAUGAGUCUUGUGUUGGCAUUAUGUUAGGAGAAUCAGGUUUGCUUGGAGAGUAUGUGUUUGUUAAUCUUCACACCAGAGAGAGUGAGAGAGAAAGAAUGGCUUGAUGUAGAAAAGAAUGGGUGUCUUGCUCUAUUACUGAAAGACACCAUGGAGAAACCUUGCCAUGUUAUUUGUUGAGUGAUUUGUAUGUUGGGAAGUAAAGAAUGAAACCUGAACACAUACUGAGUUGUGAAUGAAUUGCCAACUUGUUUGUAUGGUGGAAGACGAGGACAAAAUCUUCACUCUUAUGUGGAUUACGAAGAAGUGAUGAAUGAUCCACGAGGGGAAGUAGAGAAUGAGACCUUUGCACAUAUGAAAAUUACCAAUAACUGCUGGACGGUUUGUUUGAGGCAGGACGCACAGAAUGAAAUCUUCACAUAAACUAGAAUUACGAAGAAAAACGCUAUUGUAUCCCUCGUGUUGGGUGAAUCAUUUGUGAGAGGGAGGAAUUGCUAACCCUCACGCACACAGCACUUGCUUAGCCUAGGGUCACAAAGCUGGAUUCCUUUGCAAGUAAGGUUAAGCCUAGCAACGAGGCAUCUCACCUACGCCUGGUCCGCUUGCUGUGCUGUUCUUGCUUCUGGUGGGCCGUCUUGAGCCUGGUCCAGGUUUUCUAUAUUGGAAUAAUAAAAGAACGCCUUGACCGCACUCACAGUUGUUCCUUUGUCCUUUGUGUGUCCUUUUAAUGUGUUGCCUGCCAAGUGGCCUUAUUCUGAAAUUCUGUUCCACACCUCCACUGCUUUCAAACAUUCUUUAUUAAGUUAUGUGCACCUUUUAGGGUAAUUAUAUAUUUCUAGUAACACAUUGACAAGACUUCUACAUUAUAAACACAAGAAACACUCUCCAGAACCAAGCUAAUUAUCUCUGUGGUCUUUGAAAACAGUGGUGGUAGUGGAUGGAACAUUGGUGAACACAGGCCAAGGUGCUGAGGUGAAGGGAGGUGUGAAGUUAUGUAUGUACCUGUCUUUUUCUUUGCCUCCCUCUAUGUGAAGGUGAGUAAAGAUCAUAAACUCUCUGAUGAAGACUACACAACAUGACAGUCGCAUUGAAACAGAUGAUUUGAGAAUAAAGGGAGAAAGAAUAGCUGAAAAUCUUCACCACAAACUCAUUCAAGGUUAAAGGAAAUAAUCAUAAUAAUUCCAUGUGGUUGUUUUGCAUCUUAUUCACAUGUUACACUCUGUCUUACAAAAAUAAGCUGAGGAACAACAGUCCUGAUUAUCUGUAUAUGAGGCCACUUGUACCACAGAGCUGCACCACACACCACUUCCCUGUCUUGAGGUGGUCAUGGUACUGCAAUGACCACAGGAGCACCAAGCCACCAAUGCAACCCCAACAAGCACCCAAUGCCAAGUCUGCCUGCUACAGUCAUGGGGGAACAUACAGUAACCCUCAACACUCACUUCCACUUUGUUUUAGCAGUCCCUCUUCCUUCUACAUUCAUCUCGUCUUUUCCUGGUUCCUUCGUUUCCUACUUUUCUUUCCUAUUUCCUCUGAUUUGUUGUGUCUUUCCUAAUUCUUCUUCACUUUCACUUUGUUUAGCCUCUCUCUUCAUUCUAAAUUCCUCUUGUGUUUCCUAGUUCUUUUGUGUUUCCUAUUUCCUCAGAUCUGUUAUGUCUUUCCUUUCUAAUUAUGAUCUGUGUCUUCCCUAGUUCUCAUCUGUUGGCAAUCUAUUACUUCUCUGGUUUUCUCAGAUUAUCAGAUCAGAAUCCUAAAUAAAUUGCUAGUUGUGAAAACAUCCUUGAAAAUACCAAUAACUUUCACUGAACCCUGUUAAAAUGUAGAGUGCACUAAGACAGUCACUAAAACCACAGAGAAACAUCCUUGAAAACACAAAUACCAUCCACAAUACCCUCAUCAAAUGCAGUGGAAGUGAGCACUGAAUGUUACUUGAAUUCCAACCACACCUGUACGUAUAUUUAUUUCACCCUUUGCUUAAAAAAGUGUUUGGUUUCAGCAUUUUAUCAUUUACAUUGUGGCACCUCCAUCACUUCACAACUUAUGGCAAUUGAUUCAUCACUCUCCAUGUGUUUCAUUACCUUUGUGACUCUUUGACUUCAAACUCACGAAGAAACGAACAAUAAACAAGCUUCAUAUCACAAACAGGGGUACCUAUACACACACACACACACACACACACACACACACACACACACACACAAACAGACAAAAGACACACAUAC